UCCUCUGCGGUGCAGCCGGGGCUCCAGGCGGGUCACGGUGCAGGCUCCCGGGCUCCCUGGCCCGCGCCUGGCGGUCGCUCGGCUCUCUGAGCGCCUGCUGCUCGGUGGGCCUGCAGGGAGACGCCUCACUCUCACACCAGGUCUAGUGCCUGCCCGCUUGCGGGAUGUGAUCCCCCCACCCUUUGUGUCCAGACAGCAAGGGCUUUUGCUGGGCCCUAGUCCGAGCGUGCACGCCACAACAUCCUAUUUCGGUUUCCGUGUCACAUAUCCCUAAAGCUCAGGAAAUGCUUCCGGAUGUCCAACUAAGAUUGGAGACUUAGCACCCAGGCCUGCAAGUCGGGAGAUACUAAGACCUCCAAAAAAGGCUCAGUUCCUCGGAUGUGCCCCCUCACAGAGAGAUGAAGGGGCAGCAGAAAUCAGCUGAAACGGAAGAGGGGACUGUACAGAUUCAGGAAGGUGCAGUGGCAACUGGGGAGGACCCGACCAGUGUGGCUAUCGCCAGCAUACAGUCUGCUGCCACCUUCCCCGACCCCAACGUCAAGUACGUCUUCCGAACUGAGAAUGGGGGCCAGGUGAUGUACAGGGUGAUCCAGGUGUCUGAGGGGCAGCUGGAUGGCCAGACUGAAGGCACUGGCGCCAUCAGUGGCUACCCUGCCACUCAGUCCAUGACCCAGGCGGUGAUCCAGGGUGCUUUCACCAGUGAUGACGCAGUCGACACCGAGGGCACAGCUGCUGAGACGCACUAUACGUACUUCCCCAGCACUGCAGUGGGAGAUGGGGCGGGGGGCACCACGUCGGGGAGUACAGCUGCUGUCGUUACCACCCAGGGCUCAGAGGCACUGCUGGGGCAAGCGACCCCUCCGGGCACUGGUCAGUUCUUCGUGAUGAUGUCACCACAAGAAGUACUGCAGGGAGGAAGCCAGCGCUCGAUCGCCCCCAGGACCCACCCUUACUCCCCGAAGUCAGAGGCUCCUCGGACGACUCGAGACGAGAAACGCAGGGCUCAGCAUAAUGAAGUGGAGCGCCGCCGCCGAGACAAAAUCAACAACUGGAUCGUGCAGCUGUCCAAGAUCAUCCCAGACUGUUCCAUGGAGAGCACCAAGUCUGGCCAGAGUAAAGGAGGGAUUCUGUCCAAAGCCUGCGACUACAUCCAGGAGCUGCGGCAGAGUAACCACCGGCUGUCUGAAGAGCUGCAGGGGCUGGAUCAGCUGCAGCUGGACAACGACGUGCUCCGACAGCAGGUGGAAGACCUUAAAAACAAGAACCUGCUGCUGCGAGCUCAGUUGCGGCACCACGGACUAGAGGUCGUCAUCAAGAAUGACAGCAACUAACUCUGGGGAACCCGGGGCUUCAGCCCGAGGACUGCAGACAGCCCAGGAGCAGCAGGCGAACCCGUGCCCCUUUCCUUCACCACCCACUUCUGGCAUGGCACUGGGGGGAGUUCGGAAGGCGUGUCUGAAUGGAGGCCCUGUGGUGUGGCAACUUGCAGUGGGGUGAACACACGUGGACAUGCACUGACAGCCUCGCCCUCCCCCUCCAUGCAGCCCCCGGGCCCUUGUGCCCCUCUUGCACAAUGCAUGUGCUGUCCCAUGCUGGAUCCUGGACAUCCUCAACUGGGGGCUUGCCCUGUGCUUGCUUAGGGGGCCCGGCGAGAUUCUGCUGACAGGUGAUGCCCUGGCUUGGCCCAGGACUCUGGCACUUCCAUCGGUUCUUCCUUUUUUCGGAGCUGGGUUCAGAAGUGCGCUGGGACCAGGUGGAAGCAAGCAGUGGGGGAAGCAUGCUUAGUCGUGGCUUCUACCCCUUCAAGAGGAGGCUGGCCAGGAGUGCCAAGGCCUCUGGAGAGGUCUCAAGCCAGGGAGAACAAGAAGCAGGGGCCCACAUGGGGCCUUCCCCCUCGUGGGUGUGGUUCUUUUGUUUUUCAUUCUUUCUUUUCUUUUUUUUUAAAGAUAAAAUUGUUAAGAACCAU